AUGUCUGGAAAUUUAAUAUCGCUGGUCGUUGCUCCGUCACUGGUCGUGAGUGCAGCGAUUGCUUUUUUCAAUGUAGCACUCCGACAAUUGAAGGCAACUACUCCAGAAGACGAACAAGAGGUCAUGAAAGAGGAAGAGCAACAACUAUUUAUUUCGUUAAUGGCUGAACCUCCUCCAACCUCUACUCGUGUCGUUGAGCAAAUGAAACAAGCACAAACAAAAUUGAUUUCCAAUGGAAGACCUCCAUUAGAUCGGGAUGUUGCUUUUGUGAUGGGUGAAGCUGAGAUGCCACUCACAGUCUAUGAGAGUCCUCUCAUGGUGGCUUACCGAAAGUUUCAAGAAAUGAAACGUGAUGACAAGUCGGACGGAUACUACAUUGUUCAGAGGAAACAAAUCACAAACGAUAAGGAAAAUUCGGAAAAGAGGAUGAAACGUCGAAAUUUAAAUCAAAACCGUGCAAGUUUGGAUCAAUCAAUUAAUCAAUUAUUUGAGGAUGAGGAUGAUCAACAAGAAAUUCUUUUGCUUUAUGGAAGAGGCCCCAUAUUUAAGAUGAAUGAUGACUAUUCAGAUAGAUAUCUGGGAUUUGAUGAUUAG